AUGUCUUCUUCCCGUUCUGAUCGGAAGAAAGCUGCGAAAGAGCUUAUGAGAGUAACAAAGACAAGCCCAUCGCAUAGGGCCGCUUUUGGUCAAAUACCUAAUGCCUUCUCUACAUUGCUUAGACCUCUGUCGGAAAGCAAAGUCGAGUUGCAUCUCGAUCUCCAGGAAGAUUUGAUCACAACAGUUUUGAACCUUUCGACUGAUGACAGCAAUAAGGCAGAGAUGGGUGAAAACCCUGUUGCGAUUCCGCUUCUUAUUGAAUCCAUGAAGUAUGGUACCACUGAAACAAUAAUAAAUGCUACUGCUGCUCUCUCCACAUUAACGCAGCUCGAUUCGAACAAGUUGAUUAUUGGAAAAUCCAGGGCUCAUGUGACUCUACUCGAACUCCUACGCGCAGGACAUCCAUUGGCAAUGAGGGAAGCGGCCUUGACGAUGACCAAUCUAUGUACAGUGCAUGAGAAUAAGACACGGUUUAUCGAAAUAGGUGCGGUGCCGGUGAUCCUGCAGAUGAUCAACGGUUCCAUGCUCGUCGAUGAGCUUCUUGGCAUUCUCGCACAGCUAUCUACUUAUCCCAAUGCUAUUGAAGAGCUCAGAGAAGUAGAUACGGUACCCUGCUUGUUUCGAAUCAUGAGAGAUAGCUACUCUGGAAUUACCAAGGAGAACUGUGCUGUUAUCCUGUUCAGUGUGUGCUCGAAAAAUGAGGCAUUUCUAAGGGAACUCUGGAUCGAAGAAACCAACAAUAGAACUUUAGCUGAACUUGCAGAUACAGGGACUGAAAGGGCUAAAAGAAAGGCCUUUGAUCUCAUUCUUGAAAUGCGCAGGGCUCUCCCAAGUUAUGAGGGAUAUAAUUUGUUAUCAUCCAUGCAGCGGAUGACGAUGAGCAUAGAAAAGCAUAGUACAUCUUCAAGAUUUGAGGAUUUUGAACAAUCAAGAAGGCAUAAGGUAUCAGAUGAGCAAUUGAGGAUGUUGCAGGUACCAUAUUAUAUAUGUAGCCGCUUGCCUGAUUCAGGUCGUGAGCAAUGUAAAAGAAAGAAAGCAUACAAAUGUAAAAGAUGUUAUCACAAGGAUGAGGUGGCAAAUCCUUUGGCGACUAUUGCAAGGGAUGACUUUUGGCUUUCAGUGGCCCUUACAGAGGGAAGAGCAUGGAUGUUUUUUGUUCAUCUAUAA